AUGGAUUUAUCUGCGGAUCAUGUUGAAGAAGUACAAAAUGUCCUUAAUGCUAUGCAGAAAAUCUUAGAGUGUCCAAUAUGUCUGGAGUUGAUCAAGGAGCCUGUCUCUACAAAGUGUGACCACAUAUUUUGCAAAUUUUGUAUGCUGAAACUUCUCAACCAGAAGAAAGGGCCUUCACAAUGUCCUUUGUGUAAGAAUGAUAUAACCAAAAGAAGCCUACAAGAAAGUACAAGAUUUAGUCAACUUGUUGAAGAGCUGUUGAAGAUCAUUCAUGCUUUUGAGCUUGACACAGGAUUGCAGUUUGCAAACAGCUAUAACUUUUCAAGAAAGGAAAAUAACUCUCCUGAGCAUCUGAAGGAGGAAGUUUCUAUAAUCCAAAGUAUGGGCUACCGGAACCGGGCCAAAAGACUUUGGCAGAGUGAACCUGAAAAUCCUACCUUGGAAACCAGCCUUACUGUCAAACUCUCUAACCUUGGAAUUGUGAGAUCUCUGAGGACAAAGCAGCAGACACAAUCUCAGAAUAAGUCCGUCUACAUUGAAUUGGGAUCUGAUUCUUCUGAAGACACAGUUAAUAAGGCCAGUUAUCUCAGUGUGGGAGACCAUGAAUUGUUAGAAAUCACCCCUCAAGGAGCCAAGACCAAGACCAAUUUGAAUCCUGCAAAAAAGGCUGCUUGUGAGUUUUCUGAGAAGGACAUAACAAAUACUGAACAUCAUCAACUCAGUAUUAAAGAUCUGAUCACCACCCAGGAGCAUGCAGCUGAGACGCAUCCAGAAAAGUAUCAGGGUGAAGCAGCAUCCGACCAUGUGAGUGAAACAAGCCUCUCUGAAGACUGUGUGGGGCUGUCCUCUCAGAGUGAUAUCUUAACCACUCAGCAGAGGGAUACCAUGCAAGAUAACCUACUAAAGCUCCAGCAAGAAAUGGCCGAGCUGGAAGCUGUGUUAGAGCAGCAUGGGAGCCAGCCUUCCCACAGCUCUGCUUCCCUCACAGCUGAUUCUCAUGGCCCAGAGCACCUGCUAAAUCUAGAGCAAGACACAUCAGAAAGAGCAAUAUUAACUUCAGAGAAAAGUAGAGACUAUUCUAGAAGCCAGAAUCCUGAAAGCCUCUCUGCUGACAAGUUUCCAGUAUCUCUGGAUAGUUCUACCAAUAAAAAUAAAGAACCAGGAAUGGAAAGAUCUUCCCCUUCUAAAUCCCAGUUGCCGGGUAAUAGGUGGUAUAUGCACAGCUCAAGGAGUCUUCAGGACAGAAACUGCCCAUCUCAAAAGAAGCCCAUUAAUGUUGCUGACAUGCAGGAGCAACAACUGGCUAAGUGUGAGGCCCAAGAUUUAAUGGGGUCUUAUUUGCCGAGACAAGAUCAAGAGGGAACCCCUUACCUGAAAUCUGGAAUCAGCCUCUUCUCUCAUGAACCCGAGUCUGAUCCCUCUGAAGACAGAGCCCCAGAGCCAGCUCAUGUUCACAGCAUGCCACCCACAGCCUCUGCACUGAAAUUAUCCCAAUUUCGAGUAGAAGAAUCUACCAAGAAUCCAGCUGCUGCUCACAUUACUAAUACUACAGGGUGUAACCUGAGGGAAGAAAGUGUGAGCAAAGAGAAGCCAGAAGUGUUAUCUUCAACAGAAAGAAGCAACAAAAGACUUUCUAUGGUGGCAUCAGGCUUGACCCCAAAAGAACUCAUGCUUGUGCAGAAAUUUGCCAGAAAACAUCACGUCACUUUAACUAAUCUAAUUACUGAAGAGACUACUCAUGUCAUUAUGAAAACAGAUCCUGAGUUUGUGUGUGAACGGACACUGAAAUAUUUUCUGGGAAUUGCAGGAGGAAAAUGGGUAGUUAGCUAUUUUUGGGUCAUCCAGUCUAUUAAAGAAAGAAAGAUGCUGGAUGAGCAUGAUUUUGAAGUCAGAGGAGAUGUUGUCAAUGGAAGAAACCAUCAAGGCCCAAAACGAGCAAGAGAAUCCCGGGACAAGAAGAUCUUCAAGGGCCUAGAAAUCUGUUGCUAUGGACCUUUUACCAAUAUGCCCACAGAUCAACUAGAAUGGAUGGUGCAGCUGUGUGGGGCUUCUGUGGUGAAGGAGCCCUCAUCAUUCACCCCAGGCCAGGGUACUCACCCAGUUGUGGUUGUGCAGCCGGAUGCCUGGACAGAGGAUGCUGGCUUCCAUGUGAUCGGGCAGAUGUGUGAAGCACCUGUGGUAACCCGAGAGUGGGUACUGGACAGUGUGGCCCUUUACCAGUGCCAGGAGCUGGACACCUACCUGGUCCCCCAGGUCGCCCAGAGCUGCUGCUGAUUCCAGCCAGC